UCUUGACAGAUGAAUCUUUCAAUACACAAUUUAGCAAUAAUUACUGAAGAAACUCACAUAAAUAGUUGGCAUUGCGCUGCAUGUCAAAGACCCCUGUGUUACUAAUGAAUAUAAAUGGAAAUAUAAUCUUCUUUAUUUCUUUCCAUAUCAACUUGUACCAUUCGACUAAUUCAUUUCUGCAAUCAAAAUUCAAAACGUUUUCUAUUUUAAGUCCGGAUAUGUUCCAAGUCCGUUCUAAAAGAGACAGAAAUAGCAACGGGAAAAUUUUAAAAAUAGUUACGUUUUCCGGUUUGGGUCGGUCUUUUGCCCUGCAUUUGACACCUGGCUCACCUGUUCUACAUCCACAAUUCUCUGUCAGUCUGGAAGAUUCCAAAGGCGUGCAUACCCCCCACCCUGUGGACAAAAACAAUUUUUACCACGGAUUUCUUCACCCUGACCCAGAAGCGGUCGUAGACGCAGCUUUUGCUGACGGUAUUUGGAUUGCUCGGAUAUUCACUAAAGAAAUAACCUACAGUAUUGAGCCGCUAGGCCUUCAUGAACCCAAGGCAAAUUCCCAGUUAGUGGUUUUGUUUAGCAAUCUCGGUCUACGAGAGGAUAUGAAUACAACCAAGGGGGACUCCAUGCAUCCAUUUUGUCGUGAUUUUUCCUUCCCGACCCAACACAGCUCAAACAAUACCAGACUGAAGCGACAUUUCUUGUCAAAAAAUAUAAAAAAUGCUCGAAACUCUCAGAAGAAGAUAAAGUCAAGGUUUACAGGAUCCGAUUCUGAAACAGCUUUGAGCUGUGAGGUUUUAGCAGUCGUAGACUACUUGGCAUUUCGCGGUGUUGGGGAGAACAACGUUCCAAGAAUGAUAGGCAUCAUGGUCUCUGUAUACCAAAUCGCAAACCGGAUCUUCAAUACUACAGUCUUUAUAGAUCUCCCAAGAUUAACUUUAUCGGUGCGCAAGUUUCUCAUCCAUACAAACUUUACCAUCUCAAGCUCCCAGCACUAUAAUCAACCAAAUAUUGAACUGAAUGCGCAAAACUUGAUUUACCUGAUGUCGUUUCAAAGUAUUUUUAUUGAUUACUGCAUUGGGCAUCUGACGACGCAAAGGUAUCUGGAAGGUAUUCUAGGUUUAGCCACCAUAGCUAAAGACCUUACACAUGACUGGUGUAAUGGGAUUUGUUCAGUAAGUGAUGCCCAAUCAAGAAACAUCGGAUACAGCACCUUUAAAGGCGGCAGUGAGAUUAUUCUUUCUCUAAAAAGAUAUGCUUUAGUAGUGGCCCACGAGAUCGGACACAACUGGGGCAGUUUUCACGAUCCUUCCACUAAUUCAGACUGUAGCCCAAGCAGCAGCAAUGGAGGGAAGUUUCUUAUGUGGCCGAGUGCGGGCGCUGGAAAUGACCGAAAUUCCGCGACUUUUUCUGAGUGUUCCAUACAGGCAAUGAGCAAUGUGCUAUCGUAUAAAGCUAAUAAAUGCUUCAAGCCAGUAGACAUGAUAGCAAAAUACUGUGGCAACGGUAUAGUCGAUGAAGGGGAAGAUUGUGACAAAGGGGACAUUCAAAUUGACCCAUGCUGUGAUCAGUCGUGUCGGUUUCAAGAGAACGCCAUUUGUUCGCCCAUCAACCACCCAUGCUGCAAUGAAAAGUGUCUCACGGCGCCUAGUACGCAGCCGUGUUUGGGUAUAGUGACGCCGCCUUGCCACGAAGAACCGUUUUGCUCUGGUAACAGCUUCGACAAAUGCGACCCACCCAAGAUUCUACCGAACAACUCGACGUGCGAGGACCAAGGCCGAUGUUGGUUCGGCAGAUGCCAAUGCUUCUGUGAAAUUCAAAGCCUGAAUUCUAACCCGCAGGCUCACCUGGAGACGUGCUCGUGCGAUUCCAACACUAGAGAUAUGUGCAUGCACUGUUGCCGGGAUGUCCUGGGGGACGGGGAGUGUAAGGUCAUGGGCGGACCAUACCAAGAGGGCUACCCUUGUCUGCUGGGCUACUGCAAGGCUAACGAGUGUGUCGAGGUGAAAGAAGAUUUCCAAUUUUUCACAUCCGGAACGAAUCCCUCGUUUUACCUAACGAUUUCCGUGACCAAUUUAAUAGUGUUUUCAUUCAGUACAAAUACGUAUAUUAUAAGUGUUCUAAUUAAGUCUUACUAGAUUCUGUAUAAAAGUAGGAUUUUCGUGUAUUUAUUAGUGAUUGUUUCGGAUCUGAGUGAUUAUUGACAUUGAUUCAACAGCUUCUAUCUUUUUCGGUGUGUCUGACUUGAGUGAACGUAACGUGAGCAGCUGUUUCGUAUAUUAUAAGGAAAUAAUAUCACUCGUUUGUUACUGACAUCGGACCAGUCAACUACGAGGAAAGAAAUAUUUAAGGUCAUAUUUGGUUCUGCCUAUGUAUGGUCUAUGUACCUUUGAUUACAUUCACUGCUUAUUGGCGUUUUAUAAGAC